AUGUCAGUGACCGGGUCAUUUGGCUCAUUUGAGGUCCUCCCCCUGCCUGCCGAAGUGGUGAUCAGCCAUCCAGCAUGGUCCUCCAACUCGCCGCUCAAGCCUGACAAAAGCAUAUAUUCUGCGAGGAAACCUUUGGCAGCCCUUACCGUCCCAACGCAGAUUGCGACAUUCUCUUAUGAUGCCAAUCAUGUUUUAAGAUAUGACGACUCGUCGCUGCGGUAUUUUGUGGAGCCCCAAAAAGGUGCAGAUCUAGAGAUGGAGUUUGAGCAGUGGCCUGGGCCGGAGGAGGACCCAGGCCGCUUGGACUCCCUCUUAUUUGCCUAUAUGAGGGAAGUCGACUCGGGAAAGGACCUCGAGAAGCCGAACGUGAUGACUUGGCGAGGGAUGAUGACACGGAUCGUGACUGCCUUGUAUGAACGCCGUGAUUCAUGGGAGAUGAAUGCUAUGUUGGUCGAUGGUACGGUAUACCUCGAGGACAACAAAGGGCAUUCAUAUGUGAACGAAACGGUCACUGGUUAUACCCGUGGCAUCAAGAACAUACCGACUCCCCAACGCAAGCUGAUGUAUACGGGAUAUGCGUUCGAGUCAUAUUGCACUGCCGACGGUCCAAAUCAGACAGUGUCUACGCAGCAUGAGCCCGAUGUGAACACCAAUAUGCAGUGGUGCAGCAUCGUUCAGACUAGUAUUGGGUCUUCAAAACUUGUGCUCGGAGGUGAAGUAGACUGUGUACGAGGUGCAUAUAAGGGGAAGAAUGGAAAUUAUGUGGAACUGAAGACGUCCGGUGCUAUUAAGAACGUCAAGGAUGAGCGAAACUUUGAACGGAAAGCGCUCAAAUACUGGGCACAGUCCUAUCUCCUCGGUAUUCCACAAGUGGUGGUCGGCUUCCGGAGCUCCCGGUCACCCUAUAUCUUGGAGACGGUACAGACGUUCCAAACAUUCCAUCUCCCUCGACUAGGACUCAACGCCGGCUGGUCAGCAACUGCAUGUCUUAACUGGACGAACGCUGCGCUCGAGUACAUCCGCGAGCGACUUGCGAGCGAGGGUCGAGCUGUGCAAGAAGAAGCCAAGAUGUUCAGGAUCAUGUUUCGACCAGGUGAAGGUCUUCAAGUCUUGACGCUUGCCGACGAGCACGCGCUGGCCAUCCAAAAUGGUGACCAUGUGGAGAGAGUCGGGUUUUUGCCCAAAGGAUAUUGGGAAUGGGUCAUGAGGAGAAGAGGUACGACAAUUCUAUGAUACCGAUUUUGCAUUGCAUUGCACUGCAUGCAGCCUGAGUAACGGAGAGACAACGUGCUUAUGU